AACACGACCUGCUGCCUUCCACAUCUGGAGACGCUUUCCAACACGAGAAACUUCAACUUUUGCAUUUACUCUGCGCAGAAACACAGACUUUGUCUAUCCUUCAGUGCGAAUUUGGCUUUCUCUUGGUAGUAAGUAGAGAUUCUUGAAGUCAACUUGGCGUUUCUGUCUUUCUCUGAGCUUUUUACAUCACCAUUGGUAAACAGAGCCCGUUUGGGAGUUUCAUACAUUCAGUUGCUGUUUAACUGCCACGCUAGAUUGUGUUAUAGUUGAACGCGGUCUCUGGAAAUAACACAGGCUAAAUGACACAUUUUGCAUGUUUUCGCAAUGCGUAAGAAAGAAGCGUAACCAGGGAAAGUGAAGUGCCACAGUGUAUUAAUUGAGUUGAUUCACGCAAAUCAAGCAGCCUAAACAAAUCUAUGAAAAGUUAGUAAUAUCCCACUCUGCUCUGUCACGAGACUGUUUUUAUUGUUAAAUGCUGUAAUUAACCCUGUCUGAGAUCCUGCUGCUUUCACUGCCGCUCGCACGAUAGUAGAUGUCUGCGUUGAUAGUGACAUGAGUCAGAGGGAAUCAAACAGUGAAAUUCAACAGCGACUAGUGAUGGAGUGAUACAUUUCGGGCGUAUUUCUGUCCAACACUGAUCUAACACUUGGAAGAGAAGACUGGAAUAAGCCAUAAGGCGCACAGCUCCAUACUGAAGUGUUUAAAUUAGUCUGAGGGGAAAUUUAAAAGACCUAAAAAUACAGCGUUGGUUUCUUCCCUACAAAGAAUCAUUUGAACUUCCCACCGCAGAGCUAGAGCGACAUAAAUAGUUCUGACAUGUGGAUGUAAUUUCAGACGAGGAAAAAAGACAGAUGCAGAGAAAUAAAGAGAGCGGGCUAAGCAUGAGAAUAUAGUAGAUUAUAGGAAAUUAAAUCGAGGGCAGAGGGAGGCGAUUACAGAGUUAUGAUUUCGCAAGCCGCCAUAAGCAUAGAGAGGCCAGAUGGAGUAAAAAAACACAACUCGCUCCACUUUGAAGAGAGUUAAGUAGCUUAAAUAAUUUCAUCCGAGCAUCACCAGCGUCUGUUUGAGCCCCGCAAGGACUCUUGGAGGUAGAGUUGCCCCAGGUCAGGCAUGGGAUCCGCUCUGCUGCUCCACAAUCUGGACUUUCUUCUCAUCUCACUACUCAGCAGUUUAUGCCUGAUUUACGCAGAUGAUGUGCUGACGAAAGAGGAACAGAUAGGCCUGUUGUUCAGAGCCAAACUGAAGUGUGAGGGGAACAUCAAGUCAAAGCACAAGAUUCCUGAUGGUUUCUGCUCACCAGAAUGGGAUGGCAUUGUUUGUUGGCCUGAAGGGCCUCCAGGAAAGCUUGUAUCCACCUCCUGUCCAGAGUAUAUCUAUGACUUCAACCAUAAAGGACUAGCAUACCGUCGGUGUGACAACAACGGAACGUGGGAGCAGGCCACAACCAACAAGACAUGGGCCAAUUAUAACGAAUGUGCAAAAUUCCUCUACCAUUACAACCAUAGCCAUGAAAAGGAGGUCUUUCACCGUCUAUAUCUUAUCUACACAGUUGGAUACUCCAUCUCUCUGGGAUCACUCAUGGUGGCUGUCGUCAUCUUGGGAUAUUUCCGACGAUUACACUGCACCAGGAACUACAUCCACAUUCACCUAUUUGUGUCCUACAUGCUAAGAGCUAUAAGUAUUUUUGUGAAGGAUGUUGUGCUCUACUCUGGAUCAGCCUUAGAGAACAUGGAAAGAGUCACAGUGGAAGACCUAAAGUCCAUCACUGAGGCUCCACCAGCCAACAAAGCACAGUUUAUUGGCUGCAAGGUGGUUGUAACCUUGUUCAUGUACUUUCUGGCAACAAAUUACUACUGGAUCCUUGUGGAGGGUCUGUACCUCCACAGCCUCAUCUUUAUGACCUUCUUCUCAGACAGAAAGUAUCUGUGGGGAUUUACUCUGAUUGGAUGGGGAGUACCAGCGAUGUUUGUGACAGUCUGGGCAACUGUGAGAGCCACGUUUGCAGACACAGAGUGUUGGGACUUAAGUGCAGGCAAUUUGAAAUGGAUAUAUCAAGUGCCUAUCCUGGCAGCUGUAGUGGUUAAUUUUAUGUUAUUUCUGAACAUCAUCAGAGUCUUGGCAACUAAACUACGAGAAACAAAUGCUGGAAGGUGUGACACAAGACAACAGUACAGAAAACUGUUGAAGUCCACGUUGGUGCUGAUGCCACUCUUUGGUGUCCACUACAUCAUAUUCAAUGCCAUGCCAUAUACAGAGGUGUCUGGAGUUCCCUGGCUGAUCCAGAUGCACUAUGAGAUGCUGUUCAACUCCUUCCAGGGAUUCUUAGUGGCAAUUAUAUACUGCUUUUGCAAUGGGGAGGUGCAAGCUGAGAUCAAAAAGUCCUGGAGCAGGAGGACUCUGGCCCUGGACUUCAAAAGAAAAGCUCGGAGCGGCAGUAACACUUACAGCUAUGGACCUAUGGUAUCACACACCAGUGUUACCAAUGUCACUGCCAGAGGACCGCUGGCCCUCCACCUCACCACGAGGCUGGGGCCGGUGCCUGUGAACGGGCACCGGAACCUCCCCGGGUACGUGAAGAACGGCUCUGUCUCUGAGAACUCUAUACCUUCAUCAGGACAGGAGCUUCACAUUCCUGAUGAGGAGCAUUCUGCUCACACGCGCCCCUGCGAGGACGAGAAACCAUCACCUGUGGUGGAGGAGGAGAGGGAGACAGUCAUGUGACCUCCAGGACUGCUGUGUAUAGGGAUGUAAAUGGGAGGGGGAGGGGGGACAGACAAAUCAUGAAACAGUCUCAGGGUGGUCUGGAGGGGACGGCUGCAUGCAUCGACACUGCCAGUUUUUUCUCCUGUGAAUCGAGCCAGAACGUUGCCGACUGAUGAGGCUCAAGGCAAAAAGGGUGUAUCACUUUUGUGAGCUGGGCAGCCUUUAUUUUAGGGAUGAUGACCCUUGUUGUGGCAAAUACUCUCAACUGUUUCACCAACCACCUGCCACAGUGAAUGUGUAAAAGGAUGAAAACAGACUGCCGUUUCUUAUUUCUUUUCCACUGCCAUAACUGUUGUUAUUAUGUUUUCUGUUUGCUUUUUUGGCAAAUGUCUUGUGCUCAGCUUUUGUGCAUUCAUCAAACCGGGGUUAGUUACAGUAGUUACCAUUAACAGCCUUAAUCACCUAUGUAAAGCCAGGUGGAUUUUGAGUGCACUUAGUGGCACAUGUGAGGGCAAUUUCAUCAUCAGGUUUUCGGAUUAAGUCAGCGUGAGUAGACUAAGCAUAAGCUCAGCUUAAAAAAUUAUUAAUGCUACUAUUUUGAGGCAUGUGUUCAUGCUUUCUGGCAUGGUAUCUCAUUUGUUCCGCAUUGACUUAAAUCCACUUCAGUGUAAAAGGGAAGGUACUCAGGUAAUUGAAGUCCUCUGUUAUUGCACACCUAAUUUUAUACUUUUAAAGUAGUGUUUUAGCAUGGUCAGCAUUGGUAUGUUAUAUAAGGCUGUGUUAACUAUUCUUUUUCAAAAUGUUGUACAGUUUUUGUUGUUUAAAAAAGUCCAGUAUUCAUUUCUCUAAUUACAGCAGAUGUUGAAGAGUGCAAAUGAAUGUUUCAUAUUCAAAUUUUCUCCAAAAAUACUCACUCACUCUCACUCUCUCUCUCUCUCUCUCUCUCUCUCUCUCACUCACUCACUCACUCACUCACUCACUCACUCACUCACUCACACACACACACACACACACAACAUUAUGCCAAAGUAAGAAUAUUUCUUUGAAGACUCUCUCUCCCUUUGGGUUCAGUGUUAGUUGAGGCAAAGAACUUUAUGGAAAUCUGACAAAAAAAAUCGGUAUCAUAUGUUCUCACACAGUUUUCAAAGGAAGAGGUCAUAUAUUCCAGUGGAAUGUUAUUCAAAUGAGGAAUCCAAGAAAAUCUUGAGUUUCGCUGGAAUUCCAAAGGUGACAUUUGUGGUGGAUAUGAAGGACAACCCAGAAAUUAGUAACACACAGUAAUUUUUACAGACGGUCCAGUGUUAUGCUGCUUUUUGAUGUGUAUAUAUAUACAAGUCACAAUGUUUACAAAGAUCAGAAAUACAUUCUAAUUGUGAGAUAAUAGUGUUCAUGUGUAUGGAUAUAUUAUAAAGCUAUGUUUCAGUGUAUUUUUUUUUCAUGUGUUUGUUUACGGAAUGUUUGCAAUAUUUGAUUAUGUAUAUAGUCCAAAACAAAACUGGUGAAUAUAUUUACAAGACAGGGCAUUCAAACUAGCAUUUAAUGAAGCAUUCCACAUGAUAUUUUAAACUCUACAAUUUGUAAUUUACAGCACUUAACCUGCAUGGUUUGCAGGUUAGGUCACAUUUUGUUAUUAUACCAAAGAUAAAAAGUGUGAUAUGCUGCCAGAGAAAAGGUUAUUUUGCAGCAUUUCUUUGUAUUUUCAUCCACCAUCUUGUUUACAGUGACCAAAAAGUCUUAAAGUUACAGUAAAAUCACCCUCCAAAAAAAGUAUUUGCUACUGGUAGUUAAUGUAGGAAAAUGUCAAGAUAGUGUUGAAACAGAGCGCCUACAUGGAUUGAAGUUUCUUUAUAGAUACUCAGUUUCAUGUAAACAGCAGUGAGGCAAAUGAGAAAACCAUUCACAACACUGAGUAGCUUAGAAACAAUGGACCAAGACGAUUAAUAUUAAAGGCAGUUUUGUUGCUCUUAAUCCUCCACGAUUUUUGACUUAACUUGGUCUCAAGAGCUAAAUUAGUCGCUAUUUGGUUUGGACUAAAAUGUCUGAUGGAGUUGUGAUUUAGAUCAGAUUCCGCAAAAUGGAGUUUUACCUCUCAUUAAUUUCAGCUAAUAUGUGACCAAAGAUAGUAUUUGCUCUUGUAUGCAGUCUUAUCCCACAUUUUUUAUUGUUAUUGUGUCCUUUUUGGUGAUUUUAUACUGACUGAAUUAUGCUCCCAAUUCCCUGAUUCCCAGUUUUGCUCCACCUGAUGCUGGAUCCGUUAAGUUGGUGCUUUGGCUCCAUUUUGAAAGGUUAAAACCUGGUCUGUUCCAGUUUGUACUGCCUACAAGUCCAUCCAGCAAAUUUAUACUGCAUCUAAAAGAGUAGAUGACACUAAAUUGAAUUCAUACUUUUGCUUCAGAUUCAUUUGAAUAAAUGAGACAACUUUACAAACCGUCUUCACUGGUUUCUCAUUAAACAGAUGUGUAAAGGAUAAGUCUAGUAAUAUUCUAGAUUUUUCUUAUUGUCAACAAAUCCCACGAAAAGACCAAAACCAACAAUUAACUGACUUUUAAGUAUUGCCCGAUAUAGCUUAUUCCUCUGUGCCAUAGACAUCAUUACUAUUAUAAUUAUUAAAAACACAAUAUGAUGGCACACUGUUGCACUGGGUGACAUUUUCCUUCAUUACAAAUGAACUUGGGCACUGUACUUUAUUUUGAGUCGAUCCCACAAACAGUCCUGGGUGUGUAAUUACUCACUAGCACAUCAAAUGUGUAAUAAUCCGCAGCUGAAAAUAGUCCCCAACAAAUGCGCCAUUUACUCAUGUUUGAGUAAUGUUUGCUAAAACAGUGCCCUUCUGUUUUGGGAAAUUAUGUAGCCUUUUUUUUGUAACCCAUUUUUAAAGAUUUGGAAAUAAAAUGGGUUUUCGGAUAAGAGACAAAGACAUGGUAGGAAAAUACUGAAAGAUGGACUAACACAUUGAUUGUUUUGGUCUUUUCAUGGCAUUUCCUGGCAAUAAGAAAACUGAAAAUAGAAUGGCUCCAACCUUGCAAUAAUUUUAGAAAUAUCCACUACACUCAUUUGAGCCAGACAACUUCCAACUGUUUUUGACAGCCGGUCAGACGCUUUUGUAUUUUGAACAAUUAGCAGUGGAAUUCUGAGAUGUGUAUUUUGGCCCUUCAGGGAUUCAAAUUGGACCCAACUUGAACAUUUCCAUGGGGAUCGUUCAUGAUUGCGACUUGAGGCUGAGUGGAUUGACUACAACAAUAAUUACAGGUGGCUGCAGGCCACAGUGAUGGAAAAAGAAGUUGAGGAAAACCUUUGUUAUUUGAUAAUUUAGUAUCUUAAUCUCACUUAAGAAUUUUUCAUAUUUAACAACCUUCUUUUAGCUGGUAUUUAUUGCAUUUCUCACUAAUUAAUACGAAUUUGUACCCCAUUCGGUACAGUUGUAAUAUGUACAUUUAAAAAUGCAGUUGACUGAGGUGGUUGCGCUUCAAAUUCAAUCUGGCUUUCCACUAAUUGCCACUGGGCAGGUAAAUAUUAUGUCACUGUUGUGUAAUCCAGACAGUUUUUUAUAAAAAAAAAAAGGUGGCUUGUAUCAGACCAUGAAAAUCUUUUAUUAAAAAUACACUUGGAAAAUUCUAUUUGAGCACUUUAAUACCCUAUAAUACAGUAUUUUGUUCUGAUUGUAUCUUGUAAAAUGAUUGUUUUGGAAUCAGGUGUACAAUAAGGCCAAUAAUCUUAGAGCUAAUGUUGUAUUUCACUGUUUUCAAAUACCUCUCAUGGAAGUAUAAAAUGUGUUUCAUUGUCUUUUAUUUAUCUCGUGCCGAAAUGUACUCAGUGGAGUCGACAGUCUUCAUUCUUUAGAUACAGUAUGUGGGCAGUGUUUGCAAAGACACAUCUCACCUUCUCAUCACUCUAUAGUGAUGUAGGCAUGUUGUAGAUAACAGUGUAAACUUGUAAUAAAAUAGGAAGAUGUUUUUUUGGUCUCUAAUGUUCAUCAGUAAAUUGUGAAUAAGACAAUAAAUGUAUAAUUUUACUGUACUCUGA